AUGUAGGUAUGGCCACGCGCAGAUACCUUUGCCCUUCCAGCAUGCCAGGGCGCUCAUUAGAUAGUGCAUAGCAAAUACAGACAGGGAAAGACCAACACCAUGACUUCCAAUUUAGGCAAACGCGCCGCUUCGCGUCUCCCCGCACUGACUUUCACCAUUCAUUCAAAAACCACCCUCACCAUCGCAGCAAACCUCCUCUACCCGUAAGCAUGGACGACGACAUCUCAGACAUCCUCGCCUCGGUCUCCGCCCCUUUACCCUCCCAGCGGAAGCUCGACUUGCAAGCCUUGACGCGAGCAUGGGUCAACGAACGCACCUCGCCCACCCUCUUACCCUACCCCUCUCAACUCAUAGACCGCGUGACGGAUCGGAUAAAAAAGCAGAUAGAAACAAUCGAGGAGAUGACAUCCGACAUGGAUCCCAAAAGCAACUUUAUCCUCGUCGUCUUACAGACCGAAUUGGAGCGAUUUAAAUUCCUCGUCCGCUCGUUUCUAAGAGCGAGACUAGCCAAGAUCGACAAAUUCCCCUACCACUACCGCGACCUCGCCCUCUCCGACCCCAACAUUCUCUCCCAUCUCGAACAACAAUACCUCCAGUCACAUCAAGCGCUUCUCGCAUCGCACUAUCACGCUUCCUUCUUGUCCAUCUUCCCGCAAGGGCUACAAAAGCUGGAUGAUACUACAGGCUUGAGUAUGAUCGAUCGGCCGGAAGAGGAUUCUGCGGUGUUUUGCAGGGUGUUGCGGGAUGCUGGAGGCGUGGUCAUCCAAAGCGAGGGUGGUGCAGGUGAGGUGGAACUGACAAGAGGAGAUGUGUGGGUUCUUCGGUGGAGAGCUGUAAAAGAUGCGGUGGUAAGGGGGGAUGUGGAGCUGCUUUGACCCGACUGUCUUGCUGGACAGUCGUUGUAGAUUUAUGAUAUCCAUGAAGCGUGUGUAGAAUACGACCCGAACCAUACAUUGG